AGGGCGCACAACGUAGUAGGCGGUAUGCGGGAGGAGACAACCUUGGCGCAGGCGGCUCACGGGGAGGUCCGGGGACCCGAGGAAGAGCAACAGGGUGGGGGAGACUUCCCCGGGGCUGCUGGAGGUGGCGGUGGCUGCUGCAGCAGUGAGCGCCUGGUGAUCAACAUCUCGGGGCUGCGAUUUGAGACACAAUUGCGCACCCUGUCUCUGUUUCCUGACACACUUUUGGGAGACCCCGGUCGCCGCGUCCGCUUCUUUGACCCCUUGCGCAACGAAUACUUCUUUGAUCGCAACCAGCCCAGCUUCGACGCCAUCCUGUACUACUACCAGUCUGGGGGCCGGCUGCGGAGGCCCGUCAAUGUGCCUCUGGAUAUCUUCCUGGAGGAAAUCCGCUUCUACCAGCUGGGUGAGGAGGCCCUGGAGGCUUUCCGGGAGGAUGAGGGCUGCCUUCCAGAGGGUGGUGAGCACCAGAAGCCCUUGCCUUCUCAGCCCUUCAAACGUCAGGUGUGGCUCCUCUUUGAAUAUCCUGAGAGCUCAGGCCCAGCUAGAGGCAUCGCCAUUGUCUCCGUACUGGUCAUUCUCAUCUCUAUAGUCAUCUUUUGCCUGGAAACCCUGCCCCAGUUCCGGCCAGACCCCAGAAGUAGAAGUGAUGGUGGGAGGGUAAAUUCAGGUGGCCCAGCCCCCAGAGGGAGUCAGGAAGAAGACGAGGGAGACCACUCAGUAUACAAGCUGUUAAAUCCCAGUGUCAUUGUCCAGGGAGGAGUUGUAUCAGGACCUGGACCAUCAUCCCAACUGAUCCCACUUGGGGGUCCUCCAGUGUCUGGCUCUUUCUUCACAGACCCCUUUUUUCUGGUAGAGACUCUCUGCAUAGUGUGGUUCACCUUUGAGCUGCUGGUUCGUUUCUCUGCCUGCCCUAGCAAGCCAGCCUUCUUUCGCAACAUCAUGAACAUCAUAGAUUUAGUGGCCAUCUUCCCCUACUUUAUCACCUUGGGCACAGAGUUGGUGCAACAACAGGAACAGCAGCCUGGAAGCACUGGAGGAGGCGGCAGCCAGAAUGGGCAGCAGGCGAUGUCCCUGGCAAUCCUACGAGUCAUCCGCCUGGUCCGCGUGUUCCGCAUCUUCAAACUGUCCCGACACUCUAAAGGUCUCCAAAUCCUGGGCAAGACAUUGCAGGCCUCUAUGAGGGAGCUUGGGCUCCUCAUCUUCUUCCUCUUCAUUGGAGUUAUCCUCUUCUCCAGUGCUGUCUACUUUGCUGAGGCUGAUGAUGAUGAUUCGCUGUUUUCCAGCAUCCCUGAUGCCUUCUGGUGGGCGGUGGUCACCAUGACCACAGUUGGCUAUGGGGACAUGUACCCCAUGACUGUAGGGGGCAAGAUUGUGGGAUCUCUCUGUGCCAUUGCAGGCGUCCUCACCAUUGCCCUACCUGUGCCGGUCAUUGUCUCCAACUUCAACUAUUUUUACCACCGUGAAACAGAGCAAGAGGAACAAGGCCAAUAUACACAUGUCACAUGUGGGCAGCCUAUACCAGAUCUGAAAGGAGUGGGUGGGGGACUUGGCAAACCAGAUUUCUCUGAGAUUGCUCCAGAACGGAGACCCAGCUACCUUUCCACCCCACACAGGGUUUAUGCAGAAAAAAGGAUGCUAACAGAAGUUUGAUUAUUGCGAGGGAGAAGUUGGGGGUUGAGGGGAGCAGAGUAAUAACUGAGUAGUUUUAUAGUCACCCCCUAUCUAGAACCAAGAUCUUCAUCAUUCCCUCUAACUGGAGUGACCAGAUGGCUGAACUGUGAAACCCUAUUGCCUGGACCUCUGACUCUAGUGACCACAAGGAUGUCUCUUGAUAUUUAAGAUACAUGAUACAGUUCCAGGGGUGUCAUCUGAUCAUUCUUACUUUCCUAACAACUAUAUGGAAUAUCUUCUCUCAUGAUACUACCUGAAGACUGAUUUUCCAUGCUUUGUCUGUAAUCUCAAAAGAACUAGAACUCCUGGGACCACUUUGGCACUCCCAACCUUAGUUUUCAUCUGCUGAAUAUCCAUCCAAAGGUGGAGAGUCAGGAACAACUCGCUCAAUCUACUAUUUUUAUAUGGUGCCCUUUGUCAUCUACCUACUCAGAAGACCCUGCCUUUAGCAUCAUGGAUCUAAAACAUUCUAAUCAUCUCUAAGUUUAGCUAGGAUUGACAGAUUUCAGGAUCUAACCUGACCAUUUAGAAGAUAUAUAGGGAAAUCUAAAAACAAUAGGAUGAUGUGUGUGUGUGUGUGUGUGUGUGUGUGUGUGUUUUGAUACAAACAUGAACCUGUCUUUUGUUUAUGUUUAGUGCAACCCUUGAUCCAGGUUUCUCCACUUCCAGGAGGACUGGUUCUCAAAGCCGAGUAUUAGUUAUAUGCAAGUGCCUUCCCAUGCAAAGGGAAUGGUGACCAGGGAAUCACCAAGUUCAGAGAAGCACCGAAAUGGAGUCACAUAUAACCCUUAGUUCAGUUCUGUUGCCUCUGAAGGGCUGUAAUAUCUGGGUGCACAGUACAGUUUUCUCUGUUGCCCUCACUGCUACACAGUAGCGGUUUUCACUAGCUAGUCUGGCCUAAAAUGCUUCCAAGCCUUCCACAGCUGCCACAUAGAUUCACAUGUUCUCCCUCUAACCUGGACAUUUAAACUUGGGGAUGCCUCUGAUGUUAUGCUACAGCAAACAUCUGGCUUAAGCCCCUAUAUUGGCAGAUGUAAGCAUAUUGCAAAGUGGCCCAAGAAAAGAUUUCUGAGCCUCAACACUGUUUUCUCUUUUCACGGGCAAUAGGAAAUACCUAUGUUAAGAAAUUAGCAAUUAUUCUUUAUGGGCCGUCCUAUUGUUAGAAUCUUUUUGUUCAGUUAGAUGAGCGUUUAUGAAUCUUGCUCCUCUGAGCUAUGUCUUUUAUAGAGCUAGAUCAUGUAGAAAGAGUACUGAAUUUGGCAUCCGAGAUCCUGGAUUCAAAACCUCCUGCCACUUAGUACUUAGACGAUCUUGGUUAAAACUUUGCUUCAGUUUUCUCAUCUAUAAAAUGAGGCAUUGGACUUGAUGAUUCCUAUGGCCCCUUCCUGCUCUAAAUCUGUGACUCCGUAGCUGUCAUUCAUUUCUCUUUUAAGAUUAUGGUCCUCCAUGCAUCUGGGAACUCUCUUUUUGUUUUUAUAUAUGGUGAGGUGUUAGUCACAUCUGUUCUGUGUGAAUUUCAGAAUCCUGAAAGAGUAUUAGCCAGGUUUUGAUUUUUUUUUUUGAGGUUUGAGAUUGCUUGGCAGAGACUUCUUUUUCCUCUAGGUGUGUCUAAUGAUGGACGUCCUUUUAAGGACAAUUUUAAUGAGUUUCACCCUAGACUAGAAGUUGACAGAUUCACAUCUUAGUUCUGUUCUAACUUCCUUGGGUGACUUGGGGCAAAUCACUUUCCUUCUCUGUACCUCAGUUUCCCCAUCUCUUAAAUGGGAAGUAUAAUCCUUCCCUCUCCCUACCUCAUGAGACAUCUCAAUGAACUUUUCUGGUCAGAUUGGAGAUGAUGCUAUGCAAGCAUAUGAUUUUAUUAGCAGACAUUGGCACCUUAAUCUUUGCCUUCUCUCUCAAUCUUAGCCAAGGAACAAUUCCCUCUUCUCCCCUUCCUGUAUGAGUCCCUAGAUUCAGAUCUAAAGCUAAAGGCAAGAAGAAUGUCAAAAAGAAGCAUAUUUGGGUCCUCAAACUUCUUAAAUCCCUCCUCAGGAGGAGAAAAAGGGAUUAUCUGGUCUUAACCAGUAUCUUUCAAGGAUAAAGGACAGCUAUAGCUCCCCUAAGUUUGAACUACAGCUGGGGUAAAGCAGUUUUAUGAUUCAGGAACAUGCCAUCUAGAUAAGAGUUGUUUUUCUGAAGCCCUUCAGUCACGUCUGCUGGCCAGUUAGAGAGGGGAGCAUUAAAGACAUGGGGACAAAGGAAUAGCCCUGACCAUGGAUAAAUGUGUGAGUGUAUGUAUAUAUAAUCCUACUCAUAAUCUAUUACAAAACAUUUCCUUUUCAAGACAGUGCACAUGUGAAGUUAAGGGUUUGUGGAAAACUGCUAUUUCAAGGGAUUCCUGUUGUCAUAACAACCUUUCAGCCUGUUUUCAUAUCUUCUGACUGGGAGAGCAAAGGGAAACAGCGCAGUCCUGGUUUCCCAAAUAGAGAGACUUUGAUGUAUUCUUUUAGGUGCUACUAGUGGCCAGGGCAGGGCGUAUGAGUUGGUCAAUCCCUGACGUGGAUCGAAUGAAUCAUCAAACUUCCUUUGGUCCUUCUUUCAUCCUACUUUGCCUGCCCUGGCCUCCCAGCUUCCUCAGUCACUUCUGCUUACCCUUCACUCACCCGUAUGCUUAUUACUUGUUUAAGAAACCAUUGCUAACAUGGACUCCAGGAAAACACAGGAAGGCCCUGGAGGGGAGCCUUACUUGGAAAGGAGAAGCUUUCUGACAGGAUGAUGUCUCUUUCCACUCAGAAGAUGGCUGUUCUCAGGCCUCAUAGAUAGAAACAAGUAAAUGCUCCUUCUCUUCAGAGAACUUCCCAGCUGCUAAAGGGAAUUCUUUAUAAAUAUGACACUAAAGAAAAGUUUCAUAGACUAAAACCUUUGGAGGCUGUGACUCAAGCCUAGUUUCUGUGAGGUUUAUUUCAUGUAUUUAUUCUUCUGAAACUUUUGUCUGCUUCCUGGGCCUUUGUUGCUACAGCUGUUGCUGUGGUAGUUGGACAACUCCAUUGGGAAGACUGUGAUGCUCAAGCCAUCUGGGUCCCUGAGCAUGGACCCAGCCAAUGCCCCAAAGGAAAUUCUGGGGACUUCCAACAAGAGGCAUUGAGACAUCUCUGCAGAGAGACUUGAGCUCUUCCUGUUUCAUCCCACAGGAGAGGAGGGAGUGAGAGCUGCUGUUUCAUUUAAGGACAUCUGGGGAUAGAGGCCUUCAGCCCUGUGCUGGCUUGAUAUGAUGGUAAAAUUUGGUUACAGAAUGAUCAGUUUCUGCUGUCUAAGAAGUCUAAUAAUUAAUCUUGUGGUAUACCAGGCAAGCUAAGUGUGUAGAGCAUGACCCCAAGGAAGGAAACACUCACAUUUGUAUAGCAGCUCCUGAGAAGAGGCAAGAAGAUGUUGGAUGACCAAGUUGAUUCUUGGGCUGACUCCAGUUGCACGUUUCUCCUGUGGUUUUCUAUAAACACUAUCUAGUCUGCAAGAAAGAGACAUGAUGAUAUCUGUUGUGCAUGACGAUUAGGAUCCAGAAGAAGGAAGAAGUCCGGUGCCAUGGGAUGGAUGUAUCUCCAGUUUUUACUUCUCUACCUCCUAAAGCAUCCCAAAGAGGAAGAGACUCCAGACCUCACACUAACACGUGUUUCAGUGUCUCCCAGCCUGUUUACAGUAAGGUCAUCCAGGUUUGCAAACCAAAUGACUCUUACUCCAUUGGACAAGACUGUUACUUCUAUGUUCAACCGUUGAUUAUUUGCACUCAAGAAGGGAGGAUGUAGGAUGAGUAAUCGCUAGCAGCAAAUGAGAUGAAAGUCAUUUCCAUUGGACUUUGGAUGUUUUUAUUGCGGUAAAUUUGCCUUCCAAAUUAGGUUUGCUGUACUAUAAUGUAUAUUGAUUUAUAUUCCCUGAGCAUUUUAUAAACUUUGUGACAAUGGAAAAGGCAAUUUAGAGGCUCCAUGCACCUCAAUUUCCUCAUCUAUAAAAAAGGCUAAUGAUGUUUAUACUACCUACCUCACUAUAUUGUUGUGAGGAAAACUAACAGUAUUUGCAGAGGUGGAGGACUGGGUAUGGAACAUUGUGGGACACCCUGUCAGACCAAAAGCACCCUGCUUGAUGCUUUGGUCAAAUUUGAAAUACCGCUUUUUUUUUUAUCCAUCAUUCUUUGUUAUAAGGGAUAACUCACUGAGGGGGGGGAUAGAUAUAAUUAGAAAUGAAGGUAUUGUAAAAAUAAGCAAUAUCAAUAAAAAGAAAAAUAACAGAAUAAGAAAGUGGUCCCGAAGUAUGCUAGAUGGCAAGCAAAAGGGUGUCUGAGAUUUAUUAUUGUCAGUCAGUCAUUUUUCAGUCAUUUCUGACUCUUCAUGACCCCUUGUGUGGUUUUCUUGGC